AUGGUCGAGGACACCCAACGAAGCCUUCGACCAUACCAACCUGUGCCAGAGCGAUCACCAUCACUGCGCGGUACUGUCACUGCGCGCACGAGGCGGAUUCUUCGGCAGCCUCUUAUCUACGCUGCGCCGAUCGCACCCGAGGCUCCGCGACAGCCGCAAUGUCGGCCUGAAACCCAACACCGUCGAUUCUUCGCCCACCACCUCUCGUCGGAACCGCGGGCGGCGCACGCGCGCGGUGUGCUUUGGUCGACCAUGUUCGUGCUGGCGGACAUCGAGGACACGAUCAGCGUGCAUCCUUCCGCAUUUGGGCAGCCUUCGCUCACGAGUAUCUCGGACCAGAUCAACAUCAAGUACGCCAACAAGAUCCUUCCCGACGUCGGUCUCUGCGUGUCGUUGUUCGACAUCCUCAGCUGUUCAGAGGGCAAGGUUCGAUUUGGCGAUGGCUGUCUAUACCAUCACGUUACAUUCAGACUGGUCGUCUUCCGUCCUUUCACGCAGGAGGUCCUAACGGGAAAGAUCAAGUCUUCAGACGAAGCCGGGAUCCGCAUUACAAUGGGCUUCUUUGACGACAUUUACGUCCCGGCUCAUUUGAUCCCCAAGCCUUGUGCCUUUGACCACCAGGAACGCGCUUGGUUCUGGCUCUACGAAGCACGCACCGACGAAAUCGCCGCAGACCCUCUGCUCAGCCAUCCAGACGAACGAAUGUACCUCGACACGGCAGAACAGGUGCGCUUCACCAUAGAGUCCGACGAGUUCUGGGACGCCGAACCAGGCCCCAUUGCAAAUCCCACCACAGACUCGGCACAGUCGUCAGCUUUACACCACAACCAACAUACCGCCAAGGAGACUAAGCCACAUUACAGCAUCACCGCUAGCAUCGCAGGCAGCGGCCUCGGCUUGGUCUCCUGGUGGACUGGCGCAGAAGCCGCCGCCCCGCUCGAAGGCCAAGAGAUGGACGCAUCCGCAGAACCACUCGAGUAA